AUGAGCUCCCCAAAGAGAGAGUUCCUCUUUAAAGUGCUAGUAGUUGGUGACCUCGGAGUUGGCAAAACUUCUAUCAUACAGAGAUAUGUACACAACAUCUACUCCCACUGCUACAGAGCGACUAUUGGUGUGGAUUUUGCCCUGAAGAUCUUGAACUGGGAGAAGGAUACUGUUGUGAGACUUCAGCUUUGGGACAUUGCUGGUCAGGAGCGAUUUGGUCACAUGACUCGUCUAUAUUACCGUGAAGCAGCUGGUGCAUUUGUGGUAUGUGACUUGGGUCGUGCUGUCACUCUACAAUCGGUUCAGCGAUGGAAAGAUGACCUAGACUCUAAGGUUAUGCUAAAAAACGGAAAGCCAAUUCCAAUUAUUCUGAUUGGGAACAAAAGUGACCUGCUUCCGCAUGGAACAAGGAUCCAAAAUUUUGAGGACUUGGGUCGUGAGUUGGAAUUUACAAACUGCCAUAUGACUUCUGCUAAGGAUAAUGUGAACAUCGACGAGGCAAUGUCGUGUUUAAUUAAAGAAAUGAUUGCAAACAAGAUGGACAGUGAACCUACAAUAGAUCCCAACAUUGUUAAACCAUCUCAUCUCAAUUUUCAUUACACAAAAGGCUGCUCACAAUGCUGUCGCCUCUGA